GCUAUAGUUACAUUCAUCCCCUCCAUGGACAUUAAUUUACUUUCUAAUGCUUCAUAAAAUUCAGUGUCUCCUUUUCAUUUUUGUCUCAGCAUGCCCAUCAUUUUAAAUGAAAGUAAAACGUCCUUUUUCUCCAAUGUCUUUCUAUUUCAGUCUGUGGAGACAGACCCCUAGCGGAGGAUUUCCGUGGCUCCCGCGUGGUGGGAGGAAAGGAUGCGGAGCCCGGUAACUGGCCCUGGGUAAUCAGUAUCCAGGAGUACAGGGACGAUGAGUAUUUCCACGUAUGCGGAGGUGUCGUCCUUAAUAAUUUAUGGGUUCUGACAGCUGCCCAUUGUUUCCGGGAUGUUGGCAAUGAGUAUUAUUCUUGGAGACUUGUGUUUGGGACCAACCAACUCUCAGACAUGGGGGCACAUGCUCAGAUCCGAACUAUAAGAGAGAAGAUUGAACAUGAGAAUUACGACCCUGAUACCGAAAGCAAUGACAUCGCUUUGGUCAAGCUGGAUCAGACCAUCGUAUUUGACAAAUUCACUCAGCCUGCCUGCCUUCCUGCCAAACAAGCAAUUCUGAGCAAAUUGGACGAUUGCUACGUUGCAGGCUGGGGUGUCAUUAAAGAACAAUCCACUGGAACAUCGGACAUUCUUCAUGAAGCCCCAGUAAACAUUAUUCCAGUUCACCAUUGCAACCGCCCAACCUGGUACAACGGAGCAGUGGGUGACUACAACCUGUGUGCUGGAUUUGAGCAGGGAGGUGACGACAGUUGCCAGGGUUACGGCGGAGGACCUUUGAUGUGCAAAAGGAGCAAGGCUAAGUUCUACACUGUGGUCGGCAUAACCAGCUGGGGCUCCAGCUGUCGCCAGAAGCAAAUCCUUGGAGUUUUUACUUCAACCCAGUAUUACGACGAGUGGAUCAAUGGAGUCGUCUUCAAGAAACCGCAAAUGUCGGCUGUGAAGAAACUCUUCCGGCAAAUUGCUGAAUUCUUCUACAAAAUCGUUAAGAAGGUUUUUCAGCGCUCCUGAAUUAGAAAGAACCGAGCCAUCUCUAUGCAAGAGAGAACUGCAUAGCAAAUCAGCAAUUAGUUAUAUGUAUAGGCUAAUAGAUUAAUAAAUAGGAAUGCAUCAAUAA